AUGGGAGGAGUCUUCACAAAGAAAGAUCAAAAAGGUAAAGGGCUNUCUGAAACAAAACAAUGUUUUGCUAAUGGGAAGAAAGAUCAAAAAGGUAAAGGGGUGGCCAAUGAACAAAAAAGAAAGGAACAGAAAAAGGAGUUUAAACAGAAUGGUGUCCAGAUCAGAAGUAAUGAGAAUGAUGGUCUGGAAGAGUCUAAAUUUAAGGUGAAGCAAAAUCUGUCAAAGCUCAAACAUAAUAUUCAAAUUGAUGACCAUUCAGGCAAAGAUAACAAGAACAAUAAUGUCCAAAUAGAUGAUAUUCCAGAUUCAGGAACCACAGAGACUGCGAUAGCUGAAGUAGGGCUGCAGAGUGAGUCUCCUCAACUAGUACAGUCUGUUGGUGAUGAGCAACAAGCACAGAAGGAGAAGGUUUUAGAAUAG